AAGGAGAGGUCAUCAGGAUAUAUAGCAAAUCAUGGGGAAGGAACAAAUCCAAGUGCUGAAGGCACUGGAUGUGGCGAAAACACAAUGCUAUCAUUUUACUGCCAUCAUUAUUGCAGGCAUAGGCUUCUUCACGGACGCGUAUGACCUGUUCGCCAUUUCCCUUGUCACUAAGUUGAUUGGUCGUGUUUAUUAUUACACGGCAGAUGCAGACAAACCUGGUAGGUUGCCUCCCCACGUAUCGGCCGCCAUUAAUGGCGUAGCUUUCUGCGGAACACUCACUGGCCAGCUCUUUUUUGGCUGGAUGGCAGAUAAGGUGGGACGGAGAGCCGUUCACGGCAUGACUCUGUUGACGAUGAUCAUGUGUGCCAUUUGCUCUGGCCUCUCCUUCGGGCACACCGCUAAAUCUGUAAUGAACACUCCCUGCUUUUUCCGAUUCUGGCUUGGCUUUGGUAUUGGUGGAGACUACCCACUUUCUCCAACCAUCAUGUCUGAGUAUUCUAGCAAGAAGACUCGUGGUGCUUUCAUUGCCGCCGUAUUUGCGAUGCAGGGUUUUGGGAUUUUGGCUGGGGGCUUGUUCGCAAUGAUCAUUUCGGCUGCGUUCAAGUCCAGGUUCGAUGCUCCUCCUUAUCAGGUUGAUCCAACUGGCUCAACGGUUCCUGAAGCAGACUUUGUUUGGAGGAUUAUUCUAAUGGCGGGAUCGGUUCCAGCUUUGUUGACUUAUUAUUGGAGGAUGAAGAUGCCUGAAACUGCUCGUUACACUGCUCUUGUUGCUCAGAAUACAGAGAGAGCAGCGGCUGAUAUGUCCAAGGUUUUGCAGGUGGAGAUUCAAGCUGAGCAUGAGAAAGUUGAGAAGAAAACUACUGAUCAGACAAAGGCCAAGUUGUUUGGAUUGUUUUCUAAGGAGUUCCUGAUUCGUCAUGGCCUUCAUUUGCUAGGAACCUCGAGCGCUUGGUUCUUCCUUGAUAUCGGUUACUACAGCCAAAACCUCUUCCAGAAAGAUAUAUUCAGUGCAGUUGGAUGGAUUCCCCCUGCAAAAACCAUGAACGCCCUCGACGAGCUUUGCCACAUUGCCAAGGCUCAAACUCUUAUUGCUCUGUGCAGUGCAGUUCCAGGUUACUGGUUCACGGUGGCUUUAAUGGACAAAAUAGGAAGAUUCACUAUCCAGUUGAUGGGGUUCUUUUUCAUGACUGUGUUCAUGUUUGCUCUGGCCAUUCCUUGCCACCACUGGACUCUGAAGGAGAACCGAAUUGGAUUUGUGGUGUUGUACUCUCUGACUUUCUUCUUUUCAAAUUUUGGACCCAAUGCUACGACAUUUGUGGUGCCAGCAGAGAUUUUCCCCACCAGAUUCAGAUCAACGUGUCAUGGCAUAUCAUCAGCGUCUGGGAACCUGGGGGCUAUAGUUGGCGUAUUCGGAUUCUUGGCUCUGGCACAGAAUCAGGAUCCCAGAAAAGUCGAUGCAGGGUAUGGUCCUGGUAUUGGGGUGAAGAAUUCACUACUUGUGCUGGGCGCCAUUAAUGCUUUAGGCUUCGCUCUCACUUUCUGGGUGCCUGAGCCAAAGGGCAAAUCCUUGGAGGAUAUAUCAGGGAAAGCUGAGGAGGAAGACGAAGGCAAGGUGCACACAGAGCAAGCACCCGUUUGCAACAAUAGAACAAUUCCUCUUGCUGCCACUUCUAAUUCUUACUAGUAUAAGUGUUAGUUGACUAAUUUGAGUAAAUUAAGAAAACUAGUUAA